AUGAAUGUCCCAGAGCAGAGCUUCCCCCUGGACGUAACAGCCAGCUUCACAGAAGAUGCACCCAGGCCCCCUGUGCCCGGUGAGGAAGGAGAGCUGGUUUCCACUGACCCCAGGUUGGCUGGCCACGGCUUAUGCCCAGGGAAGGGUCCUUUGCCUAAGGGGGAGACGGCCACAGCCACCCCUCGCCGCUCAGACCUGGACCUGGGCUAUGAACCAGAAGGCAGUGCCUCGCCCACACCUCCAUACCUAAAGUGGGCUGAGUCGCUGCACUCGCUGUUGGAUGACCAAGACGGGAUCCACCUGUUUAAGACUUUCCUGAAGCAGGAAGACUGUGUCGACCUGCUGGACUUCUGGUUUGCCUGCAGUGGCUUCCGGAAGCUGGAGCCCUGUGACUCUAAUGAGGAGAAAAGGCUGAAGCUGGCCAAAGCCAUCUACAGGAAGUACAUCCUAGACAGCAAUGGGAUUGUGUCCCGGCAGACGAAGCCAGCCACCAAGAGCUUCAUUAAGGACUGUAUCUUGCGGCAGCAGAUUGACCCUGCCACUUUUGACCAGGCUCAGACGGAGGUCCAGUGCACCAUGGAGGAGAACACCUAUCCUUCCUUCCUCAAGUCUGACAUCUACCUGGAGUAUACACGCACAGGUUCAGAGAGCCCCAAGGUCUGCAGCGACCAGAGCUCAGGAUCAGGUACAGGGAAGGGUGUAUCAGGGUACCUGCCCACCCUGAACGAAGAUGAAGAGUGGACAUGCAACCAGGAUACAGAGGAUGCAGAAGGCCGGGGUGCCACCGCUUCUAGCAGGCUCACCCAGAAGCUGCUCAUGGGGUCAGCCUCUCAGCGUGCGAGCCGGCGGAGCAGUGAGGGCAGAGAACUCAGACAUGGAUCCUGGCGGGAACCGGUCAACCCUUACUACGUUAACGCUGGCUAUGCCCUGGCACCCACCACCAGUGCUAAUGACAGCGAGCAGCAGAGCCUGUCCAGUGAUGCCGACACCCUGUCCCUCACCGACAGCAGCCUGGAUGGCGUCCCUCCAUACAGGACACGCAAGCAACACCGCCGAGAGAUGCAGGAGAGUGUCCAGGUCAACGGGAGGGUGCCCCUGCCUCACAUCCCCCGCACUUACCGGAUGCCCAAGGAGGUCCGCGUGGAGCCGCAUAAGUUCGCUGCGGAGCUCAUCCACCGCCUGGAAGCCGUGCAGCGCACACGGGAGGCCGAAGAGCAGCUGGAAGAACGGCUACGGCGCGUGCGCAUGGAGGAAGAGGGUGAAGACGUAGACGCGGCUCCUAGCACCCUGGGGGCAGCCCUCAAGCUGCCUCCUGCCCAGGCCUGGCACCACUUGCCUCCACGCUACGCUGACGCAGGCUGUGCAGGGCCACGGGACGCUCACGAAGAAGACCCAGAGAGCAUCCUGGACGAGCACGUGCAGCGGGUCCUGCGCACACCCGGCCGCCAGUCCCCCGACAGUGGGCACGCAGCCAGGCUGCCCGCCACAGUGGGCAGUGCAGCUGGGCACAGCAAACACACAGCCAAGACGGGGGCCAAACUGGACACAGCCAGUCUGUUCCACCACCGGCACGCCCAUCACCAUGUGCACCAUGGCGCUGCCAAACCAAAGGAGCAGAUUGAGGCAGAGGCUGCCCGCCGUGUCCAGAGCAGCUUCCCGUGGACUCCAGAGAUGCACAGCUAUGCCACCAAGCCACGCAGUUUCCCAGAAAAUGCUGGGGCAGCUCCCGCAGCUCCCCAGGCCUCUUUCUACAGUGGGAAAGCAAACGUGUCCAAGAGGCCUGUCAAGAAGGUUGAGGUGGGCCGGGGUGCAGCCACCUCGGAGGUGCCAGGCUCACCCGAGGGCGUGGAGAAGACACAAACUAUACUGCAGUGGAUCAUUGAAGGCGAGAAAGAGAUCAGCAGACACAAGAAGGCUGGUCACGGGCUUUCUGGAGUCAAGAGGCAACAAGCCCUUGAAGGCACCAGGGCUCUGUCCAUUGAGCGCCCUGGGGCCGUGCACCCCUGGGUCAGCGCCCAACUUCGGAACUCUGUCCAGCCUUCCCACCUCUUCAUUCAAGACCCCACCAUGCCUCCCAACCCGGCACCCAAUCCACUGACCCAACUGGAGGAGGCACGCAGGCGGCUGGAGGAGGAGGAGAAGCGAGCCAGUAAAGUGCCGGCCAAGCAGAGGACAAAGUCUCAGAAGAAAGUGGGGGGUGCAAGCGCCCCGCCACCCGACAGCAUUGUGGUGGCCUACUACUUCUGUGGGGAGCCAAUUCCCUACCGGACUCUGGUGAAGGGCCGCGGGGUCACCCUAGGCCAGUUCAAGGAGCUGCUGACCAAGAAAGGCAGCUACAGAUACUAUUUCAAGAAAGUGAGCGACGAAUUUGACUGUGGUGUGGUUUUCGAGGAGGUGCGAGAGGACCAGGCCAUGCUGCCCAUCUUUGAGGAGAAGAUCAUCGGCAAAGUGGAGAAGGUCGACUGA